AACCUCAACCUCGGAUCAAAAUGAAGUUCUCCGUCCUCUCUGGUCUUGUUGCUGCGCAGCUCGCCUCUGCUCACUACACCUGGAACGUUGCCGUCAAACCUGACGGUACCGAGUCCAAGUCUUUUGAGUUUGUUCGUGAGAACACUCGUCAGGCCCAGUACAACCCCACCAAGUGGAAGAACCCUCUCGAUGACAUGACCCCUGAUGUGAACGACUUCCGUUGCAACAAGGGUUCCUUCGCCAGCGCCAGCCGCACCAAGGUCCUAGAGGUCAAGGCCGGCGACAAGCUCGCUCUGAAGCUCGCCUACGGUGCCAAGAUGGAGCACCCUGGCCCUGGCUUUGUCGCCAUGUCCAAGGCUCCUGGUGAUGUUACCAAGUACGAGGGUGACGGCGAUUGGUUCUUUAUUCACCAAGAGGGUAUCUGCAACCCCAGCGGCGACAUCAAGAAGGAUGCUUGGUGCACCUGGGGCAAGGACAGGAUCUCCUUCCAAAUUCCCUUUGGUACUCCCCAGGGCGAAUACCUCGUCCGCCCCCAGCACGUUGGUCUCCACGGUGCUCACGACGGCCAGGCUGAAUUCUACUACGCAUGCGCUCAGAUCAGGGUCACCGACGGUGGCAACGGAACCCCCGGCCCUACCAUCAAGCUCCCCAGCUACAAGAAGGACGACCCCGCUUGGAACUUUAGCGUUUGGGGCGGAUUCAAGGACUACACCAUGCCCUACCCUCCCGUCUGGUCUGGUGGUAGCAGCGGCGGUAGCAGCAGCGGCAACAGCACUACUGGUUCUGAUGCUCCUGCUCCUGCUCCCUCUUCUCCUGCCGAUUCUUCUGCUCCCGCCUCUUCUGCUCCCGCCGACUCUUCUGCUCCCGCCGACUCGCCUUCGCAGCCCGCCGACUCUCCUGCUCAGAGUCCCGCGCCCGCUUCCGACUACUCUUCCCAGCCUGACGACUACGCUUCCCAGCCUGCCGCUUCUCCUGCUCCUCAGCCUGCUGCUUCUCCUGCUCCCCAGCCUGCCGGGCAGAACAAGCCUUUCCCCGGCAGCGGUUUCCCCAGCGGUGGCUUCCCCAACGGCGGCUUCCCCAACGGUGGCUUCCCCAACGGCGGCUUCCCCAGCGGUGGCUUCCCCAACGGCGGCUUCCCCAACGGUGGCUUCCCCAGUGGCGGCUUCCCCAAGCCGUCCACUGCUGGCGCCGGCGCUGCUCACAGCGCUGAGAACUGCAACGGCGGCAAGAAGAACAAGCGCGGCCGCCUUGCUUUCCGCAACUCUCUUCGCAACUAAAUGCGACUUCUCUUGACGUCUCCAAGGACACUCACGAGUCCCAUGUCGCCACCGACAAAAGGAACAAUGAGGUUUCUGGACUACAAAAACGAAUGGUUGGACUGUGCCUUUUGCCACUCCCUUGUUUGCCAUUUCUUCGACUUUUAUAUUCGCGGCAGUGCUGCACUUUUGAUGUAUAUAUUCAAAUCCAC